AUGGCGGACACAACCAAGCCGGAAUAUGUUCUCUGGCCAUACACACCGUCCAUUGCCGGUGGAGCAAUCGCCGCCGUUGUCUUUGCACUGUUGACAUGCGCCCACGUCUUCAGGCUUGUCAAAAACCGCACAUGGUUCUGCAUACCUUUUGUCAUCGGUGCCUUGUUCGAGACCAUCGGUUAUGCCGCGCGAGCAGCAGCUCACAACGAUACCAUCACUAAGACGCCUUACAUCAUCCAGUCUAUUCUCAUCCUCAUCGCCCCCAUCCUCUUCGCCGCCUCGAUCUACAUGAUUCUCGGACGCUUGAUCAUGCGCACUGACUCCGCAUCCUACUCGAUCGUACGCGCCAAUUGGGUCACGAAGAUCUUCGUCACCGGAGACAUCCUUUGUUUCUUCAUCCAGAGUGGCGGUGCUGGCAUGCUGGUGCAGGCCAAAGACAAGGACGGCGUCAAGAGAGGCGAGAACAUCAUUCUCGGCGGUCUGAUCCUCCAGAUCCUGAUGUUCCUCUUCUUUGUCAUUGUGGCAGGAAAGUGGCACCGCAGACUGGAGUCCAGACCCACGGCUGCAUCCUCCGACAUCCCAUGGCAGAAGAUGGUGCGCUUCCUGUAUGCUGCAAGCGCGUUCAUCACCAUCCGUAACAUGUGCCGUGUGGUCGAAUACGCCAUGGGUAAGGAGGCUUACCUGCUCCAACACGAGUGGCCCCUUUACAUCUACGACUGUCUUAUGAUGAUUGCCACCCUCGCCGUCUGCCUUACCUGGUACGACCCCAACAUCAAGCCCGGUCGCAAGACCGACGUCGAGUUUGGUAUGCGGCAAUAG